AGACGCCCAGAAAAUUUUUUUGACUGGCCAAACUUGUAGAAUUUUUGGAAAACUGGGAGGGAUUUUUAUGAUCGAACUGCAAGUUUAUCUCGUCAUUUCAGCGUAAAUAACUGUACAAACCCGUUUUAUUGAUAAAAGUAAUGGCUCCUGUGUUACAAAAUGACACGGAUGACGGGAAGUUCAGCAUAGAAAAAGUAAUCGACGCGUUGGACAGAGCUUGGCACCCCGACGGCAAACUUUUCAUCGACCCUUACGUCGAAACAUUUGAAUAUUACGCUCGUUUUGUCGAAGAAGAGUACGGGUUGGUGGGUUCAUUCCUCGCAGGUCGUAUCCGGAGUGAUGCUGAAUUUCCCGUGAAGUUUCUGAAUGAGAAGAAGCUGGUUGGUGACGAGAGAACAGCAGAAACCAUUCUGUUGUUGAGUGACAAGAACGGAAUGCGAAACUACGACUGGAACAAUGCCGGAUUCCACAUGCUACUCUACGUGGCAUUUAUUUCUUACGUGGUGCUGAUUUUGGAUGGCUACGAAAAACCGGAUUUACCAGGCAGGAACUUCAUUGCUGAUUGUUACGAAGUGACACUCGGGAAGUUAGAGCCCUGGUACAUUCGAAAGCCCGUUCAAGCAAUGUUGCGGCUUUAUGCCGGCAAGGAGUAUUGGAAGGAACAUUACUUCGAGAACGAAGCCAUUUUCCCGGGAAACACGAUCGCCGAUAUUCUCACAUACAGCAAAAAGAUUCAGCAGCACAUGAUCAAGCUCAUGGAGAAGAUAGGUUUCGUCGAAGAAGAGUACGGGUUGGUGGGUUCAUUCCUCGCGGGUCGUAUCCGGAGUGAUGCUGAAUUUCCCGUGAAGUUUCUGAAUGAGAAGAAGCUGGUUGGUGACGAGAGAACAGCAGAAACCAUUCUGUUGUUGAGCGACAAGAAUGGAAUGCGAAACUACGACUGGAGCAAUGCCGGAUUCCACAUGCUACUCUAUGUGGCAUUUAUUUGUGAGUACUGUACUGUAUCAAGCACAAUAUCCUCAACAUGGAUCGUGAGGCUGUACGAUGAACGCGACGACCCCGAGGAACCCGGGCAGAAUUUCCUCCACAGCGGCUACGAGGCGACACUGGGACACUUGCACCCGUGGCUGAUAAAGAAGGCAGCCUGGGUUCUCCUGAGCAUGCACAAGGGCAAGAAGUACUGGCACGAUACUUACAUUUAUAAUGAGAAGGUUUUCCCGGGGGACACGUUGCACAGGGCAUGUGCGAAGUACCGUGCUGUGCGGGACCAGUUGGCGGAGCUGCUCAAAGUUCACGGCUUCGAGGACAUGACUUUCAAAUGAUGCUAAAGUUGCAUGGUGGUUAUUUCAAUUGCCUCUGCUGAUUCAACGGUCUAUGCUCAACUCAUUUCAGAAUUCAUCGUUUGGUCUUUUCUUUUCCGCGAGAAAAUUUUAUUACAGUAUUUCGGAAGCCCAAAAAUUAUUCAUCGAUCUGAAUUAUUAUUUCCAGCAAAAAUUGACAGAAAAAAGCUCAGAAUUAUGCAGCUUCAUCCUUACCAUGAAGCAAAGUAAAUUAAAAUUUCAAUGCAGUCCUCCGCGGCUAUUUUCAUCUUGAUCAAUUCUUGAAUUCACGGAAAAGAAAAACUUGCACGUGCAAAAUUCGAAUAACGUGCGAUAACCCACCAAAUAUUAAAAAAUGUGUGAACAGUAUACUGUAUUGGAAUAAAGGAGUAUUUUUAUUUAAAAAAAAUA